GAUAUGUGUAUAUGUAUAUGUGCGUGUAUGUAUGUACGCACUUAUAUAAAUGGUUUGUGUAAAGAACAAUUCUCAUUCUCUAACGGAGGUAGGCAGAGAUCUGGUGUGACGCAGAGCAGAGAUGUAUUAUCAAGAACAGAUGGAGUCUCUUUACUUGGGAGAGGAACGCAGACGCAGAAGCAGAAGCUGCGUUCAGGACGCAGACGCGGAAUCAGAUGAAGCUGCGAUCUCAUUCUCUUCUCCGAAAUCGCCUGAAGAUUCGGACCUUUUCGGCAUGGAUGACGAUUCUUCUCCGUCUUCGAGAAAAGGAUUGUCGAAGCAUUACAAAGGAAAAUCACAGUCGUUCACGUCGCUGUCUGAUGCGAAAACCCUCGAGGACCUAGCGAAGCCAGAGAACCCAUUCAACGCGAAACUGAAGCAGCGGCGAGAGAGGCGAAUCCCCGGCGCAUCGUGCGGCGGAGACGCAGAGCGAAAUCGUGGUGGUCGCGACGGAAUGUCCACCGGGAACGAUCGGCCGCCUCGGCUGCCCGGCCACCGUCCUCCGCUUAGGGCCCAGACGCUCUCUGCGGCUCCUUUAUCGGCUUUGUUGACGCAAACCUGAACCGGGUACUAAACCGGAACCGAACCGAAUUUGUUUGGUUCGAUAUUUCGAGCUUUUCUUUAGUGAUGGUAGGCCGUAGGGUCCAUGAUUAUAAAAAUCUUCGUGGAAGUAACUGUUCUAGUUUUGAGGGAUACUCUUUUUUAAAAUAUAAUCUAAGCAUAUUGUAUAAUUAACAUAUACUCAGAUAAUCCAAUUUCACUAUUCUUCAUUCUGCAA